AUGACCGUAGGUAGCGAUGAAUGUGAUGAUUUUGAUGAAGAAGCUGAUGAGAAUGAUCUCAAGGAAAGUUUACGAGCAUGGAACUCUUUGGCUGGACCAUCCUCUAGCGGACUGGAGAAGCCAGUUGUUGAAUUUUCGUCUGACUGCAGUCCUGACUAUGAUGCAGUUCUUAAUAGUGUAUUUGCUGAUGGUAAUCGAUUGUUCAAUCCACUCUCAAGCGAUGCAUUUGUUGAAGAAGUUUUUGUGGAGAAAAAACCAAAAAUAUUAAAUGGCUAUUUAUUCGGCGAAGGCAUUGGUGAAGGUUCCUAUGGGAAAGUGAAGGAGGUUUUGGAACAAAAUACUUUAGUUAGAAGAGCUGUUAAGAUCAUCAAAGAAGCACGCUUAAGAAAAAUUCCAAAUGGCCAUGCUAACGUUGAACAGGAAUUGAAAAUAUUGAGGAGAGUUCGACACCGUAAUGUUAUUACCUUACACGAUUUUUUUCGUAUUCAUGAAAGGAAUAAACUGUAUAUAAUAAUGGAAUAUUGUAUAGGCUCGUUGCAACAACUGUUGGAUAAAGUCAAAGAAAAAAAAUUUUCUGAGGGUCAAGCACAAUAUUUUUUUAGACAGCUUUGUGAUGGCUUAAGUUAUCUUCAUGCUCAUGGUGUAAUACAUAAAGAUAUCAAACCGGGUAAUUUGCUUGUUACUUUGAAUGGUACGCUGAAAAUUAGUGACUUUGGUGUUGCUGAGAUGCUUGAUAUGUUUCAAGAAGAAGAUUGGUGCAAAGUUGUACAAGGCACUCCUAAAUUUCAACCGCCUGAAAUUGUUUCAGGUCCUUAUGAGAGUUAUCGAGGUCGAAAAGUAGAUAUCUGGGCAAGUGGUGUGACCUUAUAUAAUUUGGUGAGUGGAGAAUAUCCAUUUGAAGGAGAUGUGAUAAUGCGUCUUUUUGACAAUAUUGCCAACCAACCACUGCAAAUGCCACGUAGCGUACAGCUGUCAAACUCUUUAGAGUAUUUGCUCACUGCUGUUCUGGAUAAAGAUCCAGAAAGAAGGAUGAAUAUGCAUGAUAUUAGGAGAUGCGAAUGGUACAUACAAAAAAUAAAUGAUGGCUCAUAUCGUAUUCCCAUAUCAGCAUGUAAUAACGUACCAUCUCAUCGUCCGUUGAGCGUUUAUGUACAACUCGAACAGCUUUAUGGAUCGACAUCUCAAGAUGACGAUGACAUGAGUUCUAUUGAUGUGAGAUCUUCAGUGAAUAUCGAUCCGUUAUUUGAAAAUCGAUUUGUCGGUGAUCAAGUUCCUCUUAAUGAAACAAAACGAAAUCGAAGCAUACUAUCUAUGUGCAUGGGUUUGUCGAGGUCGCCGUGA